GUUGAACAUUGAGACAAACUGAACGCGUCCAAAAUGGCGGUAACAGCGUGUUCGUACGCGCAGAAGCGCUUUUCCAGUGCGACCUUACAAAGUCUAAUAAAUAUACCUUUCGGGAUCCUCACUAUCCGCAGCUAUCUCGAGAUCGUAGGUACCUCCACAGGAUCGUUUCGAGGGCUCCAUUGUCUUGUUUCUUGAAUACUUCAUACUGAUUGGUUGUUGAACGGUCGCUCGUCCUAGAAUCGGGACAUCUGAACCCUUGAAUGGCUUUCCAAGAACAGCCAACGCCUUCGGCAUCGCACCUCUCUGAACGUCCAGUAGAAACACCGGUAGAAUCUAAUCUACAAUCAUCGCACAUUGAAGCACAAUCUCAAGUGCCAAACGCACUCAGUACCAACCAUGACAACACUACCGGCCCAACCUUCAUCAAUAGUGCACUGCACACUUCGAGCGGAAGCUACUAUGGAGGUCGAGGAUCUGGUCUGUUCUCUGCAUCAAGCCAUAGCACCGCGGUGCCAUCUCCAGACGCUGUCGACAACCACGUUCCAGAACCUAAGGAGGAGUCCACCGAAGAGAUCAAGGAGAAGCGGGAGGAAGAGAUUGUACCAGACCUAGUGCACAGCGACUCUUCGUCAGAUUCCGAGCCUGAGGAGCCUAGUACUUACGCAGCGACCAAAUCAGCUACUAGGCCUUCCUUACAGUCAAGACAGUCGAAACCGAUGACUGAGGACGACCUCUUCCGCAUAUUGUCAAGACGCAGGACCAGCCAGAGCAAUGGCCUUGGGCGGAGUGAUACACAAGCCACUGCAUCGAGCGCUGACGAGGAACAGGAUGAGAUCAACAGACUCAUGUCGAGAAUGUUCGGACAUACACGGCAGGAAGCAUCGGAAGAAGAGAAGACACGACACGUUGGCGUGGUCUUCAAGAAUCUUACUGUGAAGGGACAAGGACUCGGAGCCGCUCUGCAACCCUCAGCCGGUGACUUCUUCAUGAAUCCAGUGCGCCUUGUCAAGAACCUCGUCACUCGCGGGCCCAAGGCAGCAGCCGGGAAACCACCUGUCCGAACCCUGAUCGACGACUUCUCAGGAUGCAUAAAGCCUGGCGAGAUGCUUCUCGUACUGGGACGGCCUGGUAGUGGAUGCAGUACAUUUCUGAAGAUGCUCGGCAACCAACGAUUUGGCUACGAAGAGAUCACGGGCGAUGUCAAGUAUGGAGGAACCGAUGCUGACGAGAUGGCCAAGAAGUAUAGGAGUGAAGUACUCUACAAUCCUGAAGACGACCUACACUAUGCCACUUUGAAAGUCAAGGACACAAUUAAAUUUGCUUUGAAGACUCGAACACCCGGAAAGGACUCGCGCAAGGAAGGUGAAUCGCGACCGGACUACGUCAAGGAGUUCCUUCGUGUCGUUACCAAGCUGUUCUGGAUCGAGCACACGAUGGACACCAAGGUCGGCAACGAGUUUGUACGUGGUGUAUCUGGCGGCGAGAAGAAGCGUGUUUCUAUUGCUGAGGCCAUGAUCACCAAGGCAUCCAUACAAUCCUGGGACAACUCAACACGUGGUUUGGACGCUUCUACAGCUUUGGAAUACGUACAAAGUCUGCGAUCGCUCACCAAUAUGGCCAACAUCUCUACAAGCGUUGCUCUGUACCAGGCUGGCGAGUCAUUAUAUGACUUGUUUGACAAGGUCCUUUUGAUCCACGAAGGCCGAUGCUGCUACUUUGGUCCUGCUGAUCGCGCUGCCGACUACUUCAAGAAUCUGGGAUUCCAUCAACCAGACCGCUGGACGACCGCCGAUUUCCUCACAUCAGUCACCGAUGACCAUGAGCGGCACAUAAAGGAUGGCUACGAAGACCGCUUCCCACGCACCGGCGCACAGUUUGGCAAAGCUUUUGCUGACAGCCAACAACACCAGGACAACCUUUCUGAGAUCGAAGAGUUCGAGAAGGAAACCCAGCGUCUGGCGGAAGACCGCCGCGCUGCUGCGACAAAGGCAACCAAAAAGAAGAAUUUCACCCUGCCCUUCCACAAGCAAGUCAUGGCUUGCACCAAGCGCCAGUUCCUGGUCAUGAUCGGUGAUCCCCAGUCAUUGGGUGGCAAGUGGGGAGGCAUCCUCUUUCAGGCUCUCAUUGUUGGCUCCUUGUUCUUCAAUCUCCCCAACACUGCCGAAGGCGUCUUUCCCCGCGGUGGUGUGAUCUUCUUCAUGCUGCUAUUCAACGCUCUCCUCGCUUUGGCUGAGUUGACAGCUGCCUUCGAAAGUCGCCCGAUCCUGCUCAAGCACAAAAGUUUCUCCUUCUACCGACCUGCUGCCUACGCCAUCGCUCAGACCGUCGUAGAUAUCCCUCUGGUGCUGGUCCAGGUUGUCAUCUUCGAUCUGGUGGUCUACUUCAUGGCCAAUCUACAACGCACAGUUUCGCAGUUCUUCGUCUCGCUGCUAUUCUUGUGGAUCAUCACCAUGACCAUGUACGCGUUCUUCCGAGCCAUUGGAUCGCUUGUUGGAUCCCUCGACAUCGCCACGCGCAUCACUGGUGUCGCCAUUCAAGCCCUAGUUGUCUACACAGGCUACCUGAUCCCUCCGAGCAAGAUGCAUCCUUGGUUCAGCUGGCUGCGAUGGAUCAAUCCCAUUCAAUACGGCUUCGAAGGUCUCCUAGUCAACGAGUUCUACAAUCUCGAGAUCCAGUGCACGCCGCCCUACAUUGCCCCUGGGAUACCUGGCGCUCAAGAACAGUACCAGUCUUGUGCAAUACAAGGAAGCAGACCAGGUUCGCUAACCGUAGCCGGCUCUGACUACGCUGAAGCUGCCUUUGGCUACUCGCGUAGUCAUCUAUGGCGUAAUUUCGGCAUUAUCACUGGCAUGUUCAUCUUCUUCGUCUGCCUCACAGCCAUCGGUAUGGAGAGCCAGAAGCCCAACAAGGGUGGUGGUGCAGUCACCAUCUUCAAGCGCGGACAGGUGCCCAAGUCUAUUGAGAAGGACAUGGAGACCCAAAAGCCCGGCGACGAGGAGUCAGGCAAGACCGAGCCUGGUGCGGUCAAUGAGAAGACUGGAAGCGAGGACUCUGAUGACAAGUUGGGUGGCGUUGCAAAGAACGAGACGAUUUUUACGUUCCAGAACAUCACCUACACCAUUCCCUAUGAGAAGGGCGAACGCACCUUGCUCAGGGAUGUUCAAGGCUAUGUCAAGCCAGGAAAGUUGACCGCGCUUAUGGGUGCUUCUGGCGCUGGUAAGACGACUUUGUUGAACACUCUGGCGCAGCGCAUCCGCUUUGGUGUGGUGCAUGGAGACUUCCUUGUGGACGGCAAGCCGCUGCCAUCUUCAUUUCAGCGAUCAACAGGUUUCGCUGAGCAGAUGGACAUUCAUGAGUCAACCAGUACAGUGCGUGAGGCCUUGCGCUUUUCUGCUCGUUUGCGUCAGCCAAAGGAAACGCCCCUUCAGGAGAAGUACGACUAUGUGGAGACUAUCAUCGAUUUGCUCGAGAUGCGGGAUAUUGCGGGCGCGGCAAUCGGCACGACUGGUUCCGGUUUGAACCAAGAGCAGCGCAAGAGGCUCACCAUCGGUGUUGAGCUUGCCAGUAAGCCUGAGCUCCUGAUGUUCCUGGAUGAGCCCACAUCUGGACUUGACUCUGGUGCCGCGUUCAACAUCGUCCGCUUCCUUCGUAAGCUGGCCAAUGCCGGCCAAGCCAUUCUCUGCACCAUCCAUCAGCCGAGUGCUGUUCUUUUCGAACACUUUGACCAGCUUCUUCUGCUCAAGUCCGGAGGGCGCACAGUCUACUUUGGCGAUCUUGGUCAUGAUUCACAAACUCUUAUCAAGUACCUCGAACACAACGGAGCGAAGAAGUGCAAACCUAAAGAGAAUCCUGCUGAGUACAUGCUCGAAGCCAUUGGCGCUGGUAACCCCGACUACAAGGGCCAGGACUGGGGGGACGUCUGGGCAAAGUCUGAGGAGAAUCAGAAGCUCGGCAAAGAAAUCCAGGAUAUCGCAUCCAAGCGGAAGUCUGCAUCACGGAACGGCGAAGCAAAGGACGACCGACAAUAUGCCAUGCCAUACAUAACACAGUGGAUGUCAGUCGUCCAUCGCAACUUUGUAGCUAUCUGGCGAGAUCCGGACUACGUCCUCGGUAUUGUGAUGCUCCACAUCAUCACCGGUCUGUUCAAUGGCUUCACUUUCUGGAACCUUGGUCAGUCACAGAUCGACAUGCAGUCCCGAUUGUUCUCGAUCUUCAUGACCCUGACUAUCUCGCCGCCUUUGAUCCAGCAACUGCAGCCGCGGUUCAUUAACAUUCGUUCAAUCUACGAGUCGAGAGAAGGCAAUGCGAAGGUCUACUCCUGGACUGCUUGGGUCUGGGGUGCUAUCCUUAGUGAGCUCCCAUACCGUAUCAUCGCUGGUACGAUAUACUGGUGCUGCUGGUACUUCCCACCUGCGUUUCCUCGCGACACGUACACAGCUGCGAGUAUCUGGCUCUUCGUUAUGCUUUUUGAAGUAUUCUACCUUGGCUUUGGUCAAGCAAUUGCUGCUUUUGCUCCCAAUGAGUUGCUGGCAUCGCUGCUUGUACCGCUGUUCUUCACCUUCAUCGUCUCUUUCUGCGGUGUUGUCGUCCCCUACGCCGGUCUACCUACCUUCUGGCAGUCCUGGAUGUACUGGCUCACACCGUUCAAGUACCUCCUCGAAGGCUUCCUCGCCCUGCUUGUCCAGGGCCAGGAAAUCAGGUGCGAUACUAACGAGCUGGCGAUCUUCCCUCCCCCACCUGGCCAAGACUGUCAGACGUACGCUGGGCAGUUCGCGCAGCAGUCAGGCGGGUACGUGGAAGCGCAGCCCGACGGAACCUGCGGGUACUGUCAGUUCGCUACCGGUGAUGCGUUUGCGGCCAGUUUCAAUGUGUUCCCACAGUACAUCUGGCGAGACUUUGGCAUCAUGUGGAUCUACAUCUUUUUCAACUUCGCAGUCGUUUUCAUCUGCACAUAUCUAUACCUCGGAGGCAUGCGCAAGAUCAUUUCGUUGUUCAAGCCUUCAGCGAGAAAAGAAAAGGCAGCAAAGAAGAAGAAGAAGAAGCAGAAUAGCUCGGUAUAGAAUUGUAGCGUAAUCGUGUUCCUGAGUUCGGGUAAAACCGUAGCCCCGCGGCCGAGCCAUCAGCGAACCGCCCAAUUGGGCUUGGGCUUUGUCAUAUGCGCUCCUGGUCUUCCCCAGGAAAUACCUUCUCCGAAUCUGUGCCUUUCCGAGCAUCGUGAGUCUGGAGCAUGUGGUGGAGUUGAGGCGCAAUGGGUAGCCUCGCGAUGUUUGCACGGAUGCAUUGCACGUGUACAGGCAGAUACUCGUAGCUGUAAUGUAUAGUAGAGCGGUGUGACUACAGAAACCACGUCUCGGUGUGCUUCAAGGUUAUCCUUUCACACGGAGACAUGAGGCUCAAACGGCUGUGCAUUCUGACACCAC